AUGCCGGAAGCCCUUCAUUUACCAUUCAGACCUAAUUCACUAUCAUAUACUGCACACUGGAGCCAGAAGCAGUACCUAGCUGUACAUCAGAGAAUUCAUACAGGGCAGAAGUCUGAUAUAUGUAACGAAUGUGGGAAAGCCUUCAGCCAGAGGGGCCAUCUUAAUGAAUAUAAAAGUGUUCACACUGGACAGAAGCCCUAUGAAUGUAAUGAAUGUGGGAAAGCAUUUAGCCAGAGGAGAUACCUUGUUCUACGCCAGAGAGUUCACACUAGACAGAAACCCUAUACAUGUAAUGAAUGUGGGAAAAAAAUUCAUACUGAAGAGCAACCCUUUGUGUGUGAUGAAUGUGGAAAAUCCUUUAGGCAAAGAGGAAGCCUUACUGUGCAUCAGGAAAUUCAUACUGAAGAAAAAUCUUUUGCAUGUAAUAAAUGUGGGAAAUACUUCAUCUGGAGGGCAAGCCUUAAGAAACAUAAAAGAAUUCAUACUGGAGAGAAACCCUUUGAGUUCCAUGAAUGCGGGAAAUCCUUCAUCUGGAAGAAGAAGAGUCACACUGGUGAGAAACCCUUUGGAUGCAGCGAAUGUGGGAAGCCCUUCAGCCGAAGAGGAAACCUUGCUAAACAUCAGAGAACUCACACUGCAGAGAAACCCUUUGGGUGCAAUGAAUGUGGGAAAUCUUUCAGCCAGAGAGAAAGCCUUAAUAGACAUCAAAUAACUCAUACUGGUAAGAAACCAUUUGAAUGUCUAGAAUGUGGAAAAUCCUUCGGCCAAAGAGGCCAUCUUACCAAACAUCAGAAAACUCAUGCUGUUGAGAAGCCAUUUGACUGCACUGAAUUUAGGAAAAGCUUCAGCAACAAUUCUCAUUCUGUGUGGGUUCUGGACUCAAGGCUCUUCCCCAUCCUGGCGGCCUCUUCAGGACACUCUCCAGUUGUCCUCAAACCACGAUUCUUGGGACUGGACCCAGAGCCCUCCGGGCUCUCUGAUGAGGGCAAAGUGCCCAGGGGCCCUGAGAGCUCAAGGCUAGAGCCACUAGAUUCCAAGGACUUCUAA